GGUGAAGCACUGCUGGGAGGUGCUGUGGUUUGUUGCUGGAGCAUUGGGGAGGUGUGGUGUGGUUUGUAGGUGGAGCAUCGGAGAGGUGUGGAGGCCUAUAGGGAAUACAGUUUACGGAACUAAGCAGCAAACAACACAUGUAGUGAGUGCGUACCGGACAAAGCGCUCCAGCACGCACCGUUCCGGUUGUCACCAGGCUGUGAGAGGGGAGGUGAUUUUGCUCAGAUCAGAGAACCAGAUGCUGGUUCAGGACAACUUUCCGAUGAUUGAGGUGUCGAUCCCCUCGCUGGAGCGGGAGGUGGAUGAGUCAGGGAAAUCCACAAAGCUCUAUCGAGUAGACGUCCUGUUCAAUGGGAGGAAGCACUGUGUGCUCAGAAGACACAGCGAGUUCCAGGUCCUCCACAGAAAACUCAGGAAGAUAGUGCAGAUCCCCGACUUUCCCAGCAAGAGAAAUCCUCACCUGAGAACCAAACCCGUGGAACAGAGAAGGCAGGAGCUAGAGGACUACAUCCAGGACAUUCUGUAUCAGUAUGAAGAUGUGCCCCAGGAGCUCCUGGACUUCCUCCUCUUGAGACACUUCCACACGGGGAACAAGGUCAACAGUAUGGAGUCCCUGGAUGAUUUGGACGACAAGGGUUUCAGCUACCAACUGCCUCAUCAGCGCGUCCUGGGGUUUUCCGAAGACCCUUACAUCAAUAGCUGUCUCUCUGCAGGCCUCCCGGACAUGGUGGUGGACGGGGUCCUGGAAGGAUUCUACCCCCGGGACGUCCGGGUCAGCUUCACGGCCUGUACCAAAGACGCUGCGGGGGGCCUCUCCUAGGGAGACCUCCUGGUCCACAGAGCUCUCUGAAGAACAUGCUUCAGUCCUGCUGAAGCAUGGGAGGAGGAGCCUCCCAUCAUAUUAUUAAACCAUUUAUUUACAGCUUUAGUUACUUUUCAGCUUUUCAAUGAUUAAAUGUGUUUGUAUACUCUGUUUACCUUUUAUUAAACUAUUUCUUAGUCAGUUUGUUUGUUUUGAAGA